CGGCAGCUGCGCACGCAGAGAUUUCCGGCGGGGCGGGCGCGCAGUAGCGGCGAACCGGUUUCGGCAGCGGCGGAGCGAUGACCACGCUCCGGGCUUUCACGUGCGACGACCUGUUCCGCUUCAACAACAUUAACUUGGAUCCACUUACAGAAACUUACGGGAUCCCCUUCUACCUGCAGUACCUCGCCCACUGGCCGGAGUACUUCAUCGUGGCAGAGGCGCCCGGUGGGGAGCUGAUGGGUUACAUCAUGGGGAAAGCGGAAGGCUCCGUGGCGCGGGAGGAGUGGCACGGCCACGUCACCGCUCUGUCUGUUGCCCCCGAGUUCCGACGACUCGGUCUGGCUGCGAAGCUUAUGGAGCUGUUAGAGGAGAUUUCAGAGAGGAAAGGCGGGUUUUUUGUCGAUCUCUUUGUGAGAGUGUCUAACCAGGUCGCAGUCAGCAUGUACAAGCAGCUGGGCUACAGUGUGUACAGGACGGUCAUCGAGUACUACUCGGCCAGCAACGGGGAGCCCGACGAGGACGCCUACGACAUGAGGAAGGCACUUUCCAGGGACACCGAGAAGAAGUCCAUCAUACCGCUGCCUCACCCGGUGAGGCCGGAAGACAUCGAAUAGCCACAGGCAGUGGUUCCCAGGCCGAGGCGCUCCUGGUAGUUUACGGACAAUAGGCUUUUCAUUAGUUGACCGUGGAGCGCUAUUAGGAGAAAAGGGAAUCGUUCGGAUUGUAAAGACUUCAAGAAAGUACAGGCUAUAAGCUUAUUUUAAAUCUCAUUUCCAAUUAGCACUAUCAUACCUUCUAAAGCUGUUCAUUGUAAUAAAAGUCAACCAAAAAGGCAGCUUGGUCAGAAGGAACGUUCCACUGCCAUGGUUCGUAAGAGCAGAUUCAUGAUAUGCUAGGGGAAAGCCUGCUCCAGCCUCCUAAAUUCUGUGCCUGAGAACCACUGCUGCAUUUGUAUUUUUUAUUUUGUAUUGAACUGUUCAUUGAAGCUUUAAAAGCAUAUAUGAAAUGUCUAAACCCAAGAUGUAUAAUAAAAUGCACUGUUGACUCUGAA